UCAACCCUUUGGAUUUCUCUGAAGCAAGUGAUGUGACAUGAUGUCAAUGUUAACCUUGAUUGAGGCUCAGCCUAAUGACGGGACCGAUCGCUUCUCAUCAUGUCAACAGUGCCGGUGCCGUUGUUCUCGUGACUGCACCGCAACAACAGCGACGGCCUAUCCUCAGUGCGCGAGCUUGGCGCGCUCGUGCCAUCAUUGGUCGUGUGCUCGUGUCGGGGUGUUCGUGGCAACGCACUAUCACAAACACGGCACAAAUGGUCGCAGUGAUCAUUGAUGGUGGCACCCUCGUGCCAUCCAGCGCAAGGAACAUUGUGUCAGCUGUGUGCAUCGGUGUUCGUCAUCACUUGUGUUCUUGGCCAUCCUAGGUGCACUUGAGUGCCUGGCGUCGCUUGCACGAGCACUCCCUGUGGCGUUGCCCGUAGCCCAACCACUUUCAAUGCGGGUGCGUAUGUGUAUGUUCCCUUACAUGCGCCUGUGCGUUCGUAUCUUCUUGUGCUCGUUUGUGUGCGUGUCUCAUUGCUGUCAUGGGUCCAAGUUCAUUUUACACACCAUCUCAGCAGCCAACACACCUGAGCUUGAGCUCUCGCUAAACCAACGACGGGCACGCACAUACGAACACGCACGCACACACACCCAUACACACACACACACACACACACACACACACACACGUACACAUACAUACACAUACACACACACGCAGCAGCAGCAGCAGCAGCAUGUCCACAGAGUGCUCACCAAUGGCACGCGCGUUGGCUGAGAAGAGCUUUUGGCCAACGUGGUCUGAGACCGUGCAGGACAAGCCGUGUUCCAUCUUCGAGCUGCUACAUGAGCAGUCACGCCCCUGGCGCUCACGCGAGCACCUCCGCGCCAGCGUCGACUCCCUCGCCACCAUCGACAGCCAAGACGACAGCGCCAGCACUGGAGGCGGCACACGCCCACCCAAGCACCAGCCGAAGCGCACGCAUCGACGCUCACAUACGCUCCACUUCGCACCCAGCUUUGGUUGCAGACAACGCGACAACGCCAGUCACGCACCAAGCAGCGAGCACAAGAGCAACGGCGACACUUCGUGCAAAGGCGUCGAUGAUGACGUGUUCUCUGACGACGAGAUCAUUCAUGCUGUUCUUGGGUGCAGCAUCACAAGCCAGAGUCACGGUGACGACGAUGACAGCCUAUCGCAAGCACGGCCCGCAUGCCACGUGGUCGAAAGCAGCCACACCACCGCUGAGGAGGAGCAGUUGCCUGGGCGCAAUCUAGAGCAAGUGACAGGCGGUAUGAAACGCACCGAGGACCAAGAUGGCGAGCAGGACCAAGAUGGCGCGCAGGACGAAGAUGGCGCGCAGGACGGACAACAGCUCGCGAAGAACCCAGCUUCUUCCAACAACUACGCGCGGGAGGAAGACGGCGACGGCCACGAUGCUGAUGAUGAUGAUGAUGAUGAUGAUGAUGAUGAUGGUGAUGAUGAUGAUGACGCAGACUCCAUUUAUGACAUGCAUCUUCUGGACCGCAGCACUGAGACGGAGGCCGACAGGGCAGACUAUGCUCACGCCUUCUACUGCAGAAGCAGCCACGAUUCCGUCAUCGACGAUGACGAGAGUGACGGCGCUGAAGAUGACGAUGCGCUGUAUGGCUACCACAGCACAUAUCAAGGGGACCUGCCGAAGAUGACAGGUGACUCUGCUUCAGAACUGAGCACGCAGCAUGACCCCGGGUCGCCCCAGCUUCCACCCCGCCGGUACGAUGUGAAGAAGAUGCGCGCCACCACAAUGCGGCACCGUCGCAAGCCGUCCGCCACGUGGGAGGUGAUUCGCUGGCCUUUCGUCAAGCUGAGGCAGUCGUUCUCGCGGCACCGCGCCGACAGCGAUGCGUCGACCUCCGGCGUGUCCGAUCUCAGCUUCAUCAGCACAGACGGCGACGUGCACGCGGAAACACGCGCCCCCAAGAUGCGUCGACGCACCAUGCCGGCCUUGGUCGCCCCACUGUACACCAUUAUCAACAAGUCCUCGUCGUCGCCUGUGUCUGGUCGCCGAAACUCCGAGAUUGACGCAAAGAUGCAUGCGGGACGCCCCAAGCCGCACCCGCACAGGUCACCGCUUUGUCACGACAACACGCGUGCGGUUCUCGUGGACGACAGCAGCGACGAUGAUGAUGACGAGAGCGACAAGCAAUGUGCCACGAGCUGUGACAACGAUGGCUACACUGUGGUCAACCCAUGACUGCAGUGUGUGUGUGUGUGUGUGUGUGUGUCUGCGUGUCUGCGUGUGUGUUGAUGGAUGUGGGGAUGGCGUUGUAUCGGCGCGUGUGGUUUCACAUACGUGUCUGGUGUCAUCGUUUGUUAUUGUUGCUUUCAUGUUCCUUCUCUGCAUGCGUGCGCAGUGGUGUUGGGUCUUGCACUGCUGUGCCCCUUUCUUGUCUUUCUUACUAUGUUUGGUUUGGUUGCCUCAACGAAUGAACGAUGGAGUGAAGACCG